AUGUGUUCUGUGGUAUUUCUUAAUAAAAAUAGUCGGUUUGUAAUGAGAUUUUAUUUAAACCUAUGUUAUCUGAAUGUUGAUAGUGAUACAGCGGUAGCUCAUGAAGAGAAGGUAAAUGAAUACGAAUUGGAGCGUGGGAUGAAACCAGUUCUCUGUACAUUACGUCAAGCAAUGAUGAAUGGGAUGGGUAAAAUUUUGAGAAUGUAUGAUACUUACUCAAGAAAGGAUGAUUUAGAUAAGAAACUUCUUGAAGUUGCCAAAAUCAUUGGUCGACGUAUUGAGAAACGAUUUGAUUACUUAGCAAUGAAAUUGAAAGAAAUGUUGAUAUAUGAAACUUCAUAA